AACUUCCACUUUUCUCUUUGCUUGAUUACGCCCGAAAAUGUUAGGUUAAAGGUUAAAGUUAGGUUAGGUUAAGUUGUUCCUCGGUACAAGAACAGCGAUUUACGUUUCUACUAUACUGUAAAAUAAUACAAUUCCGAUUGCAUACAAUAUGUUGUUAUUGAAACGUGGGUCUGAGGCGAGCCUCGUGCAAAGUUUCCCGAAAGUAUUGAAGCUUCUAGCGGCGUAUUCAAACGCCUCGGAGUCGAGCGGGUCGGAACAAUUUCGCGUACUAGAAUUAUAUCCGAAAUACAAGAAAGCCGGAAUGCAGGAGAAACGAAAGGGAAGACGGGUCAACAUCCCACCGCCCAGGACAACGGAGAUGCCCGUCGACCAGGACUGGCCAUCGGUCUGGCCGGGUGCGCGAACUUUUCACCCGGCCACGGUGCCCCUUCCGUUACGCCAAGGGUACCAGGAAAAGGGCGCGCCAUUCGACAAGUACGCCAAUGCCGAGCUCUUGAAGAUACCCAAUUUCUUACAUCUCACACCACCAGCGAUACGGAGGCAUUGCGAAGCGUUGAAGCAGUUUUGUACAGAGUGGCCCGUCGGUUUGGAAAGUGAAGAGAAGUGCGUGAAACAUUUUCCUGUCGAGAUCAUUACAUCAGAUUACUGUUACUCCUCGCCCACUAUAAGAGAUCCGCUCGCAAGGAUCGUGAGUUUGCGAGUGAGGCUGUCCUCGCUUCAUUUAGACACCCAUGCCAAGGAUAAGCUACUGCGGUUACUGGGUAACAAGUAUAAUCCAGAAACAGAUAUAAUAACAAUUACGGCCGACAAAUGCCCCACCAGAAAACAAAAUUUGGAAUAUGCGCGGUAUCUCCUUACGGCAGUAUAUCAUGAAUCUUGGAGGGUAGAACCAUGGGAAGCUGAGAAGACAAUGGCAGACAUGGAGUACUACGAUUGGGACACUAACCAAAGCCGUAUAAACUUAGUAACACUAUACAAAUGGCCUGAACCGCCGACCGAUUACGAUUACGAGACCAUUCCGCACGCAACAGAAUACAAAAUUGCGGUAUCAGAUCUUAUAAACAACGGUGAGGAUGAAUACGCGAUAAAUAAGUACAAAGCAGCUGUUAAAAAUUUGUUAAACCUUAAAUGCGAAAAUAAAGGUUGAAUCUUGUGUAUCAUAUAAAAUUGAACUGAAUCA